AUGUUCACAGAAUGGAACCCAGUCAAAGGGUACAUAAUCAUGGAGUACCUAGAAGACCUGAAAGUUGUUCAUAUAUACGAAAACGUUACACCAAAGGAUUUAAAGCAGGAAAGAAAUGAAUACAUAUCUCCCUUCAAAACACUUUUCGGAGCGAUAUUCCAGAAGGAGGUACGGCAUAGGCUUGAACAAUCGGGCUCGAAAAUGGAAAAAUUAGCUGCUUCAUUUUUUGACCAUAGAACAAAUAAUGAAGUGUUCUCUUCAUUCGACGAUGGAAGGUUUGCGGAGAAGGGCGAGCGUUUGAAGGCGAUUUUGCCGGAUAUGGUUAACCUGGACUGGGUGGACAAUAUGAGCCAGGAGCUUGGUGAGUUGAUACAGACGAUUGCUCAGGUACUUGGAGCUUCAUUUGCUACUUGGAAGACGCCCAGGCAUUUCAUUAACGAAGAUAUCCUUCGUACCACAGCACGUCGCGAAUCUUCUUGA